CCCAGGACCGACGCCGACCUGAACGAGGCCCUUUUUUCGUUCAAUGUUUGCUUAACUGAAACGUCACCGCAUUAGAGAUGCGGUUCCAUGCCACGGCCAACGUUGCGCACGUACUAAAUUCUUUGCGAUGCACAGGCGAAGCAGUUGUACCGUAAAAGCCGCAGAAUUAGAUUCUUUAGCUUGAAACUGGAACGAUUGAAUUAAUUAGCACGUCCAGAGCCGGGAGCGCGAGCGACCGAAGCCGAAAAUGGCGGACAACAUCAACUUUGAUUUUGAAGCUGAGAUCGAGUCAUCUCGGCUAAUUUCCUCGGGACAGCAAUCGGUGGAUGCGUUCGACCUGCCCGCCGAAGCCAUCGGCCAGCAGCCCGCGAACUACCGCAAGAAUUUUCGCAAGACGGUGUGCACCUAUUGGCUGCGCGGGCUAUGCAUGAAGGGUGACGCCUGCGGCUUCUUGCACCAGUUCGUGACGGACCGUAUGCCGGUCUGCCGCAACCUGCUCAAGUACGGCGAGUGCCACGACCAGGACUGCCCGUACAAGCACUCGCUCGACGAAAUCAAAGAAUGCAACAUGUAUAAGCUGGGCUUCUGCAUCUACGGCCCCGCCUGCCGCUACAAGCACAAUAAGAUGUCGGGCCCGCCCCCGCCGCCCGAGACGGUGGAGGCCGCCAAACCCAAGGAGCACCGCAACAUCAACCUGGUGGUCAACCAGGUCAAUCCGGGAGUGGCCAUUCCUGAGGAGCGGCCGUUCAAGCGGCAGCGCGGGUUUGGGGAUCGGGAAGAGCGCGGCGGCGGCGGCGGCGGCUUCGGGCGAGACCGCGACCGACGGCGGCUGGGUGACAGGGACCGGCCACUGGCAUUACCUGCGCCGCCAGGCAGUGGCGGCGGCGGCGGGCGUUUCGAUAAUGACGGCGGCGGGCCGCGCGGUGGCCGCGGCCGCGGACGCGGCGGAUGGCGCGGCGACCGUGACCGCGGCGGCGGCGUCGGCGGCGUGUUUAUUGAGGGCGGCGGCGGCGGCGAUGACGACGACUUCCCCAUGCCGUCAUUGAUGAUGGGACCUGGCGGCGGCGGCGGCGGCGGCGGCGCUGGGCCUGGCGGCGCCCUGGCGCCCAUGGCCGGGCUGAUUGCGCCGCCGGCGGCGCCGCCGGGGCCGCCAGGGCCGCCGGGGGGGAUGAUGGGCAUGCCUGGGAUUAUGCCGGGCGGCGGCGGGCCCAUGCAUGGAGGGCCCAUGCAGCAUGGAGGGCCCAUGCAAGGAGGUCCCAUGGGCACGCCCGGCAGCGGCAUGAUGGGUGGCGGGCCAGGCGGACCCGGGGGGCACUUCGACGGGGGGCCUGGCGGCGGCGGCGGCGGUAUGUACGGCGGCGGCGGCGGCAUGAUGGGCGGCGGCGGGCAGCAGGGCUUCUUCCCGCGGCCGUACUGAGCGGCGCAGAGGGGCGCUGUAUGGCGUCACGGGGCCUGUGGCGGCGCGCUGUGGCGGCGGUGCUGCCGGUGCAGCUGUGACGCGUGGGUGGCACGCGGGCGACGGAGCGGGGGCGACGGAGCGGGUGACGGAGCGGGUGACGGAGCGGGGGCGACGGCUGCCCUCCGGUCGCCCCCCCACCCCACCCCCCACCCCACACAGCUGCUGGGCGACCCACAGGGGCACAGCACGGCGGUGACCUUGGCGACGCAUGGAGCACAGCAGCAGCAGCAGCAGCAGCAGCAGGCGAGAGCUGUAGCAGGCAAGGUCUGUCGCGCCAAGGAGGAUGGUGGCAGUAGCAGCAGAAGCGACGGAGCGGGGCCGUUCUGAGUGGCGCGCUGUGGUGGCGGAGCCGGUGCUGCUGUGACGCGCGCGGUCAGCUGGAUGGCGCCACCGGUCAGUCGCCGUGGUGGCCUGCCCUGGCCGCCAGAGGCCCUGUGUACUGUGUUCGUGCUGGGCCAGUGGGGGCGCCGCUGGAGCGAAGCACGGCGGUGCCCUUGGCGGCGCAGUGAGCACAGCAGUGGCGGCAGCAGCGGCAGGCGAGGGCUGUAGCGGCAGGGAGGAUUGUGGCAGUAGCAGCCGCAGCAGCAGCAGCAGUAGCAGCAGCAGCAGCCGCGCCGCACCCGGUACCGGGCCGCACGAGUGCCGGGCAGGCAGGAGCAGGAGCACUGCAGGAGCGCUGUCCUGCUGGCCGCUUCGGGCCCAGUGUUUUCGCGCUGAGCAGCCGACCCGCAGCAGCCGAGCCGCAGCAGCCGACCCGCAUCAGCCCAGGAGUUGAGGCUGUGCAGGGCGGGAAGGGCUGCGAGUGGGUAGGAGGUGGAUGGGUGGGCAGGUGUACUCCGGACCUCGAGCUGUGCGCGUCUGCGUCUUGCAGCUCUAUGACUAUUGCCGUGUACGUGUGCCUGUGCUUGUUGGUUGGGAGCCAACCGUAUUCAUGAACUCAAUCCAGUGGUGGCGGCGUUGAUUUGGUCUGGCGUGAGGCAGGCUCGGUGUGUGGACAGGCCGGUGUGUGUCUUCGAAGUUUGUUCUGGCCGCCGGUCCCUGCGUCACUUGUGUGCAGUUGCGUGAUUGUGUACCGUGCUGCAUGUGUGGGCGUGCGGGCGUGGGAACAUGAGGGGCAAGGUGCUUUGUCAUGAUACCCUGCACGCCCUCCCUCCUUUAGGGUUGAGGCGGCGGCGGCAAUGCGGCAUACUGAAGAGGUGCACCCUGUAAUGCGGUACACUG